CAUUCAAUUCCAAAUUUCAACAGAGACUGUGACAGUAAAAUACUCUCUCUCUCUCUCUCUCUCUACAGGUAUUGAGAUAGAAGAGCAAGAGCAAGACAGAGAGACAGAGGAGAUUUCUCUCUCUAUAUGAAGUCUGGGAGUCCAAAUUUCUUCUCUGAAACUUCUCUCCUUUCUUCUUUAAUUCUUCUUCCACAAAUCACCCCCAAACAAAGUGUUCUUUAAUGGGAUUCAUUAAUGGAAGUUGAAAGUUCAAAGCUUUGAAUUCUCUCUGCACUUUCCUUCACUUUCUGUUCUGAUUUUUUCCGAGAAAAAUCUCCAACUUUUCGUAAUUAAAACCAAAUUUGUUUGGUCAAAAUCAUUCUUGACCCUUUUGUUUCCUCUGUUUUUGUUUUACUUUUCGCCGCUUCACAGCUUCACACCUCAUGAAACCCAUGAAAAACCCAUUUCAGAUCUCCUCAUAGACAAUUCACUGAGAAAAACCCAGUUCACAAAAUCAGCAAAAACCUAAAAAUCCGAACUCGAAUUUGGUGAUUUCUUUACAAAAAUUUUCCCAAAUUCAGUGUGAAAAAUGCAAGACCCAUCAACGUAUCAACAGAUCCAACCCCAAUUCCCCGAACACGAGCACUUGAAAUGCCCAAGAUGUGAUUCAACAAACACCAAAUUUUGCUACUACAACAACUACAAUCUCUCUCAGCCUCGCCACUUCUGCAAGAACUGCCGGAGAUACUGGACCAAAGGCGGAGCUCUUCGCAACAUCCCAAUCGGCGGUGGGAGUCGCAAGAACACGAAGCGAAAUUCGAACCCUAAACGCUCUUCAUCGUCGUCUUCUUCGUCCUCCACCACCACAGCAACAACCACCCAAGUCGCCGGAAAACCAGAACCCUCCUCUGCCAUGUACGGUUUCGCUGCGGCGGCGUUCGAUCAGGAGCAGCAUCGGAUGAUGGAUAUCAAUGGGAGUUUUAGCUCGCUUCUGGCUUCGAGUGGGCAGUUUGGGAAUUUGAUGGAGGGUUUGAAUCCAAAUGGAUCGACGGUUCGAUUGGGGGAGUUUGGCGAGAAUAAUUUGAAUUUGAAUUCGAAUUUGGAGGCGAAUUUGAUGAGAAACUCACAAGUUGAGUUACAGAGUAGUAAUAAUUCAGAGAGCUUUUUGGGUGUUCAGAGUGGUGGUGGUGGUGGUGGUGGUGAUUGGGGUGGUGGCAAUGGGUGGCCUGAUCUUGCUAUUUACACACCAGGUUCGACUUUUCAGUAACUCAACUUUUUAGAGAGAGAGAGAGAGAGAGUUGAUUUGGUUUAGUUUUUCUUCCCAAAUCCUAAAUAGUGAUGAUGGUGAUGAUUAUUAGAAAUAUAAACUAUAUAGAUAUGGUGGUGAAGAGACAGAGAGAGGUGCAAUUUAGCAUUUUCUGAUCAUGCUAUUGUGAGACCAUGAAAGGCCACAGCACAUCGAAAAAAAAAAAAAAAAUCAUAUGAAUACCCAAAUUUUUGUUGGAAUGUUUGUAUCUAUAAAUGCGAACAUUUUAAAGGGAAAAUUUCAAUGAUCCUAGCGGUCCUGCAGCAGAGCAAAUUAGGGGCAAUGGUUCUUUUUGUUAGAUCUUGUGUGGUGUUUGUUUUUUUGUGUUCUAAAGAAAGAAAGAAAGAAAGUAAAAGAAAGAAGAAAGAAGAAAGAUUAUUAUGAGUGUUUUUUUUAAAGUUUGUGUGGGUGUGGAGAUAUGUAAUGAUGUUAUUUCUAGUGACUAUGAUUAUUAUGGUGUAAUGUAGAAUGUAUAUUUGAAGGUUUGUAUUCAA